CUCCCGGAGCCGUGCCGAGCCGGCCGCCUGCCUGCCCGCGGCCGGGCGGCGCCCCCUGCCCCGCCGCAGCGCCUACGGCCCCCUCCAUUCCCGCUGUCCCAACUGCAGUGAUGGAAAACUCGUCGGUGGUGUCGGCCUCCUCGGACGCGGGGAGCAGCCGCUCGCAGGAGAUCGAGGAGCUGGAGCGCUUCAUCGACAGCUACGUACUGGAGUACCAGGUGCAGGGGCUGCUGACCAACAAGAUGGAGGGGGACGGGGAGAGCGAGAAGACGCAGUCCAACAUCUUGCAGUGGACAGCGGACUGUAGUGAGCAGCUUGAUGGCAGCUGUUCCCCAUCCAGAGCAAAGGGCUCAUCGUCUCCUGAACACAAUCAGAAUGGCAACAAGGAGGGCUCCCUUGACAUGCUGGGCACCGACAUCUGGGCUGCCAACACCUUUGACUCCUUCAGUGGUGCAACGUGGGACUUGCAGCCUGAAAAACUAGAUUUCACGCAGUUUCACAGGAAGCUCCAAAACACCACCAAACACCCACUGCCUCACAUAGACAGAGAAGGGCUCAGAAAAGGGAAGUACGAGGACGGUGAUAGCAUCAACUUGAACGACAUAGAGAAAGUCCUCCCAGCGUGGCAGGGUUACCAUCCAUUGCCUCAUGAAGCUGAAAUCGCACACACCAAAAAGCUGUUCAGAAGGAGGAAAAAUGACCGGAGGCGACAGCAGAGACUUCCCGGUGGGAACAAGUCUCAGCAGCACACAGAUCAUCAGCAAGGCGGCACCAAACACAACAGGGGAGAACACCACCACCAGAAACUCUACCAAGAAGGCCAGGCCCCUCACUCCUCAAGCAGGACGGGCCACCACGGCUACAGCCAGAACCGGAGAUGGCACCACAACCAGAAGCACUCACCCAACGACAAAGAAACACACAGAAACACCAAAGAGACUGAGAAUUUGAAAAUCGAGGACACCUCUGUCUGCAUGGUGCAUAGUCCAGCGGAGACGCAGCGGGGCCCGGAGGCGGUGGAGAAGCAGUCUCAGCAGUACAUCCAGGAGCCAGAGACCAAGCGGAAAGACAGUAUUCACGAGCGCAUUGGGGAGAGACCCAAGAUCAAUUUGCUCCAGUCUUCCAAAGACAGGCUGCGGAGGAGACUAAAAGAAAAGACGCCUUGUCUUUCCCUUUUCACGGACCAGGACGAAGUCACGGUUGAAACCACCAAUCCUGAAAAGAACAAAAUGGACAAAUUAAUUGAAAUCCUUAACAGCGUGAGGAACAACAGCAGUGAUGUUGACUCCAAGCUCACCACCUUCAUGGAGGAGGCCCAGAACUCCACCAACUCUGAGGAGAUGCUGGGGGAGAUAGUUAAGACCAUCUACCAGAAAGCGGUGACAGACCGCAGCUUUGCUUCCACAGCAGCCAAACUCUGUGACAAAAUGGCCCUCUUUAUGGUGGAAGGAACCAAAUUCCGGAGUCUGCUCCUCAACAUGUUGCAGAAGGAUUUCACCAUGCGGGAGGAGCUGCAGCAGCGGGACGUGGAGCGCUGGCUGGGGUUCAUCACCUUCCUCUGCGAGGUCUUCGGCACCAUGAGGAGCAGCACCGGAGAACCUUUUCGAGUCCUCGUCUGCCCCAUUUAUACCUGCCUCAGGGAGUUGUUGCAAUCUCAGGACGUGAAGGAAGACGCCGUGCUUUGCUGCUCCAUGGAGCUGCAAAGCACUGGCCGGCUGCUGGAGGAGCAGCUGCCUGAGAUGAUGACGGAGCUGCUGGCCAUAGCCCGCGACAAGAUGCUGUGCCCCUCCGAGUCCAUGCUGACGCGGUCCCUCCUGCUGGAGGUCAUUGAGCUGCACGCCAACAACUGGAACCCGCUGACGCCCACCAUCACGCAGUACUACAACAAGACAAUCCAAAAACUGACAGCCUGAGGGGCAGGGCAGGGAGGGGUGGGAAGGGGCGAGAAGGAGACAUGCACCUUAGCGGGAUCCAGCUCUCACGGCCAGGCGAGCGCCUUUCUGAUUUAAAUACCUAAGCAGACAAACCCCAGCAUGCUUGAGAAUUCGUUCGUGAGGUGGGGAGGGAGAAGCAUGUUUCUUUUCAGCUGUCUCCAAGUGCCACCCCUCUUCCCUGCUGUGUUUUUGUUUUAGGGUUUCUUUUAUGAAAUCAUUGCUCCAGCAGCAGUGCAUCCCACCAGGUUAUUGUUUGGCUUUAGAAAGAAGGAGAGUUGGAAAAGCGAGCCCGAGUGGGGGCUAGUAUUGUUUUCACACCGUCCUCCUGGCUUGCCCUGGCCAACUGGCAGGAGACAGCACACAGCAGAUGUCCCAGGAGGACGAAGUGCAACACAUACUACACCAGACGCUCAUAAUUGACGGCUUUUGUCAAGCGGAGCUUUUGUUAUUUCCCCCCCCCUUGUCUUCGACUUUCUGCUCCCCCACCUCCCCUCCAUCUAUUCGUCGCCCCUUUGGAUGCCGACUGGCAAGCAGGAUGGUUUUCUUAUUUGCACUGGGUUUUAUUUUUCUUGGUCAUUUGUAUUUUAUUCUAUUUUAUUUUAUUGUGAAUGGACAAUUGCGAUAAGCGCGGAGACAUGGAAGUGACGCCUUCCUGCAAGCUCACAAAUGAUUUACGUGAAGAUGCUGAAGUAGGAGGAGGAUUUUUAAGGAGCCCAAAAGCCACUGUAGAAGUAACAUAGCCACAGUUGUCUUGCCAGUAACCUCGGAGAUCAACUGAAAAAUGUGUGCCCUGAGCUGAGCGCUCCAAGAAACGCGGGAUGCUGCGGCUGUUUGUUCUGGCUGGUAAAGCCAUGGCAUCCCCCAUCCACUAAACUAUAACCCAUUUAUUUUUUUGUAAUUUUUUUGUUUCUGUUGAAAGAGUGCUUUAUUGUAAUUACUGUCAUGGUUGUAAUAAUACAUUUAAAACCAGGCCCAUUGUAGUCGGGCCUAGUAAUGUACAGGGCAAUGGAGAAAUGAAGACUUGAUGUUCUUGGGAAACCAGUAGAGAGAAGACAAGAAGUGCAUGGCAAAAAAGAAGGGAAAAAAGAAGAGGAAAACAAUGAAAAGCCAAAAAUACAGGUUUUGAGCCUGGCUUCUAACUGGCUGCAUUUCCUAUCCAGUAUUUGUAGGUGUGCAUUGUACAGGGGCGGCUGUGUGCCCUGGUCGGUGUAAGUGGUACCAUGUCCCCGAGCGCAGGGUGACAUGUUCAGAGGGAGCAGAGCGAAGCGGGGAGCGGGGGGACCCUGCUUUGCUGCGUGCUGGGGCAGCUGGCCUGGUGCUGGGGAGGUAGGAGAGAUGGGGAGAAGGGAGAGAUGGGGAGAUGAUGGGGGAUUUGGGGAGGCGUUCGCCCAAUGGAGCUGGAAGUGCCCCGAGCACGGAUGGCAAGUGAAUAGCAACCAGCAAACGUCAGGACUUGGUGUUUCCUUAUUUGCUUCUCUGCCGAUGCUUGUCCACAUGAAAUCCCUGCCGGUGCUCAUUUUGGUGAAUUGGGAGAGGAGCAGAGGAAGCCCUGACCCCGCGGUGCCGUCCCAAUCUCGGGUACCUUAGGGAGCUACCAGCCUGCGUGCGAGGGGCAGGAGGCUUCCCUGCCACACAGCUUGAAGGGCAGAAACCUUCCCCGUGCACGUGUGCAGGAGCUGAGCAUCCUGGCCAUGUGGUUCGGCAUGACUUGAACUUUUCAUGAGGUUGUCUGCGGGAGCAUUUCCUAAUCCGCACGUGGAGCACGAGGAAAGGAGCUGGAAAGAGGAGCUUCAGUGGUCCAUGUCUACACAGACUGAUUCCUGGACUGGGGAUGCAGGCCCGGCAGCUGUGUUAGCACUGCUGCAGAAGAGCAGAGAGGUCGGGAGGUGUUAGCACGAAGCUGGACUGCAUCAGGCCUGUCGGUGUUGGACGGUUGAGGGCUGUGCCCUUGCUCUUGGCCUUCCCAGCCGCUUGGCCCUGCGGAGAGCAGAGGACCAGAGGCGUGAAUGUCGGCGUGACCCUGGAAAGUUGCCGUCAGCAGCCCCAGAGCAGCCUUGGCCCCAGCCAAGAGGCAGGUGGGGAACGGAGGGGGAGCGAGGGCUUAAACUGAGCAAAUGCAGUGAAAUUACCUGUGGUGAGGACAAUUUGUCAAGGGACCUUUAGUGUCAUGACAGCCUCCGACGUGCGAGCUGCACGCAGUCCAUCGGUGUAAAUUAGACCCCACCAGUCAGAAGCAUUAAUGCGGUAGCUGGGGCUAGAGAGGUGCUGCUACUCUUUCAGACUUUGGGGAGAAGACUGGAGAAAAAGCUUUGUUGGGGGAUUUUUGAAGACCAGAAGAGCCUCCCUGCAUCCCGCUCCACACCGCAGCAUCCCUCGGGACCUGCUCUCUGAACGUAGCAAAAGAAGAAAAAAAAAAAAAAAAAUGGAAAAGCCCGGAGGAGCUUCGGCCUGUGGCUUUGCCCUCCAAUUCUGGGAUUUCUCCCAUGGAAGAACUUUCCUGUGAAACCUGUCUUUUUUAAUGUCUGUCGUCUGUCUCUGCUGUUAAGGUCCGUUCAUCCAGCCACUCACCGCUUGGUAACUCGGUACGUCAGUCACUCUGUUGGUGUGUGAGAAUCUAGAUGUUGACCAAAAAAGUAUUUUUUUCCCUUGGAAUUACGUAUGGAUGCUGGCAUCUCUGCAGUCCCUCGGUGGGAAGCCUGCCUGUUGGGAAGGGAAGAUGCCACCGGCAAUGUGAUGCGGAGGGGUGGGGGCAGCAGUGCGUUUUGGGGACAGAACACCCUCCUUUGGCCAAAUCCAUGUCAGGCCAAAUCUGGGGCUGGUGUAAGGACGUGGUGAUGCCCGGAGCUGCCGACUCUGCUCCCCACAGAGCUCCCAGCACCCGGUCCCCUCCUUCUCAGGCAAAUCAUUGCCAAACUGGAGGCUUUGGCUGUCUGCAAAGCAGCCUGCUUGGUUUCCCCAUGAGGGAUUUGACCCCCCUUUUGGAGAAGUCUUGUUUGUACAGAGGUGAAAUGAGAAUGGGGGGAAAAAGGCAAAGUAAGCGAUUUGCCUGGUUCCCCUCUUCCCCCGAAGGAGAUUAAUUAGUAUCUAUUCUUGGCAUGAUUGAUGGCUUUGAAGGAAAACUUGUGAGAAUAACUUAUGAUUUAUUUUCCUGCUUAUUUUUAUAACAUCCCUCACUUGGAAGUCUCUCAAAAUCUGAAAUACGAUUUUUAUUUCCCCGCUAGGCAUUUUAUGGCUUUACACAAAUUUUGCUCUUCUUGGUGUUAGCUGUUAGCCAGUCCCGGUGAUGCAGUAUUUUUCAGGAGAAACAACUUUUGCAAAGGCAAAGGGUUGCAAAGUCCUGUUGAUGGCCAACAGAGCUGUGGUGUCCUGCAGAACAUGGAUUUAAUGCUAGCAAUUCAUUUUUUAAUGUAUUUAUUUGCAUUCGAAAAAGCAACAUUUUUAAUUAUGUUUGUUAAACUAAGUGCUUAAAAAAAAGGACAAAGGUUUUGGGGAGAAUAAAGACUAGAUCUUCAUACUAGAGAAAACAAAAACUCAUAGUUUUCAGCAUUUCAAAGACUGUUAAAACAAAGGAGCUAAUAACUCUUUGUGGCAAUUCAGUCUUGUUUAUAGAACAUCCAAACCCACUGUAUGCUAUAAAACGCAUCAUCUGUGUAAUAAAUGUUUAAAGCUUGACAUUUCCCCAUCUCUUUGUCGGUACGUGCAAUCAGUUUUGGUGGUCUGGGGGGACUUUUGUUUAGCUUGGAACAAAGGCUGGAGGGGAAAAAAAAAAACCACAAAAAAACCAUUGUGGUGUCUGCUUCGAAAUGUAGCCCCUGGGUCUGAUUCUGCAGCUCCGUUUGGCGACUCGGCACUGCUCGGCACUAGGGAUGGGACCGACCCCGCGGUGCAUCACGGCUCGGAGCAAACCACUCCAGCUUUUACUCAAUGCAACUUGCUAAGAAAAAAAUAAAAAAAUAAACCU